AUGACGCUGUUCGGAAUUUGGCAAAGGAAAGCCUCGAUUACUCCGUCAUCAUAUUCUUUGUAUUGUAUUGUGAUGAUGAUGAUUUCCGUGGCCUCUCUAGUCAUUGUGGUGCAACAAUGUGGCGCUGCUGAGCUUAACUCUGUCGAAAGAACUACCUACGGUGUUGGCCCUGGUUUACUUGAAAAAUAUAUUCAAAAAUCGGAACAACAACAAUUUCAAUGUUUACAAUCAAAAGAAAUGAUCAGUUUUGAUUCCGUAAAUGACAAUUAUUGCGAUUGUAAGGAUGGAAGCGACGAACCUGGAACAAGCGCCUGUAGCAAUGCAGUGUUAUCUUUCAACUCUGAUACAAAAUUCUAUUGCAAAAACAAAUAUUUCAAGCCACAGUACAUCUCUCAUAGCAAAGUGAAUGACGGUGUGUGUGAUUGUUGUGAUGGCUCAGACGAAAACUUUGCCUCUACAUUUGGUGAGGCCUCUAUGAAUGUUUGUGAGGAUACAUGUAAGGAAUUGGGCAAGGAAAUUGUCGCCUCUUUACAGAAUGAAAUUAAUGCAAUGAAAUCGGCCAUGAAUUCUGUUGCUGCUGACAUUGAAUAUGGAAAAUCAAAGAUUUCCGAAUUUGAAAAUCAACAAAAAGAUUUAACUCAAUCAAUUGCAGACAAAGAAAAAUUAUUAGAGGAGCUUAAAACUAAAAAAGAUGAAGCCGAAAAAGUGGAGCAAUUAGAAAAAGAUUUGCUGAGAGCAAAGAAGAAGAAAGAAUGGGAAGAACAACAAGAUCAACAACCAAAGGAAGCUCCACAAACUCCACCUUCAGAAGCAAGUAGCACUGAAUCUGAGGCUACCGCUCAGGAUAACCAAGCUGAACCUCCUCAACCACCCCCUCAACCAAUGUUUGUUGACGAUGAAGAAAUAAUCAACUUUAAAUUACCAGAUAUGUAUUCAAUUUUUACUCGACCCUUGCAAUGCAUUCGUCACACAACUUCGUUAUUUAAAUUAUAUUAUUAUCAUCACAUUUACGAUAUUAAUGCUCUUGAAUUAUUUAAAAAAGCUGCUGAGGAAGUAAGAAAUCAAUACAAUCAAUUGAACAAUGAAUUGUCCAAUGUGAGAAAUUCCUUGAAUGAAGUUCAAAAGAAAUUGAGUUAUAAUUAUGGAAAAAACAAAGAAUUUUACAAGCUGAGCGAACCAUGUUUUGAGAUUCAACAAAAACAGUAUUCAUAUGAAGUUUGUCCAUACAAUAAGGCCAACCAAAAGGAGAACUACUCUUCAACCCUUCUGGGAAAUUUCAAAGAAUUUAAUAGUGCUACCAACAUUAUGACUUUUGAGGAUGGUCAACAUUGCUGGAAAGUGGGAGCAAGAAAAGCCAUUCUCAAACUGAAAUGUGGUGCCUCUAACAAGUUAGUCAAAGUGGACGAGCCCUCCACAUGCGAAUAUCACUUGGAAAUGGAAACUCCAUAUGCAUGCUCGUGGAUUCGUUUGACAAUUUGUUCCAUCUCAUUCAAAAAUAUUGUACCAGAAAUUAAAAAAUAUUUCACACCACCAUCUGUUGUUUUGAAUUUGAACGAUCCAAAUCUCAUUCUUAAUCAUCAUGGAGAUCUCUAUUUUGCAUUGUAUCCAAAUUAUAUUUCGGGUCCACAAACCAAUCAACUCAAACAUCCAGUCAGAGGACCAUUUGUGGAUGGAGAAAAGAAGAUGAAAGGUCUUGAUGCAACCAUUGAUUAUAUUAGUAAACAUGAAAAAGUCUAUGCUCCUUGGAGAAUUCAAGCAUCAUCAGUGGUGUUUGGAGACAAGAUCCACCAAAAUAACCAACCAAGCACUGUGAAUGUCAAACUGUCAUCUCUUUCAACGAAACAACUGAAAGUAUUCAAAUGGAAUCUAUUGAUCUACUUGAAGCGUUCCGAUGGUGAUGAUCAAGCGGAAAUGACAUCAAGACAAAAAAAAAGAACACGUCACACUGAAGAACAUGAUUACAACAAUGAAAGCGAUGAAGACUAUGAAGAACCACCAUCGUACGAUGAGGAUCCAUCUGAUGAAGAUUACUCUAUUGAGACUGAUGAGGAGAUCGCCACACCAAGCAAUCCAUCUCCCUCUCGAAGAUUGACUCGAAGCACUUCCAAAUCAUCAUCAUGUACAGACUCUUCUUCAAAAGACUUGUGUAGCAGUGACAACACCAAUGGUUCAAACCAAUGCAUGACUUCAGAAAGUCCAUCAAAGAAAAACAAGACUUCAAAUCCUUCCACGCCAGAAAGGAACAUUGGAUUAAGUCAUGAAGAAAGAUCAUGGCAGUUGUUCAUCGAGGAAGAGAUCGAUCUAAUCAAGAAAGAUUUGAAACACUAA